AUGGUGACAGCUAAAGUGAUGAUAGUGAUUGUGACAGAGAAAGUGAUGACAGUGAUUGUAACAGAGAACGUGAUGACAGUGACUGUGACAUGUGACAGCGAAAAUGAUGACAGUGAUUGUGACAGAGAAAGUGAUGACAGUGAUUGUGACAGAGAAAGUGAUGACAGCGAUUGUGACAGAGAAAGUGAUGACAGCGAUUGUGACAGAGAAAGUGAUGACAGUGAUUGUGACAGAGAAAGUGAUGACAGUGAUUGUGACAGAGAUUGUGAUGACAGUGAUUGA